ACUGCGCUGUCCGAGCACCGGCAGCAGUGCCCGGGCCGGCGGCGCUGAGUGACAAGUAGCUACACCAGCCGCACGUCUUGUUGCCACUGUCAGCGUUCUUUAAUGGAAUGUUUAUAACGUGGAGCCACCAAUCGGUGUGAACGGUAGGCGGGCCCUAGCUCUGAGGGGGGCGGGGCCCGGCUCAGCCCGGGCGGCGAGAGAGAGAGAAGCAAAACAAUUGUAAUCAGCAGGAACGCCGGCUCGCAGAGUGGAGGGGUGGCUUCUUCCUCCCUCUCUCUCUGUCUGUCUGCAAACAUCAGAAUCUGACACGAAUGUAAAAUUGCAUUAGCCUCUUCCGUGAGGGGAAAAAAAUUAUAGGCGCCUAGUUUGUAGUUCAUCUCGUCACUCUUUCCCCCCCCCCCUCAAAAAGCAAGACCAUGAGCUCCAAACGCCUUCCAAAAAAAUAUAAAGUUGUAGGGACUAAGGUUUGCGCGCCAAGUUCAUCCGGCGAAGUCAGAGUUUCUGGAGUGAUACAGGCUUGUAAGAACGACCCUGCGAGCAAUAAUUUAUACACAAUCAUGUUAGACGAUGGCUCUCUCAGAGAGUAUGCAGAAGAAGAAAUAAUCUGCAUCGAUGUCAAAGUAUCUGGAAAAGGAAAAUCCGGAUAUAAUCAAAAGAUGCUUCUGAACUGCAAAGGCAGUGAAUCGGUGGCGGCUUUGCAAGAACGAGAAAAGAAUGAUGUUCCUUUAAGAUCCCCAGAGCCACGCGGCCUGACAGCCAAAAAACCCGAAGACCGGUAUCUGGAAAACAAAUGUAACAGAACUCGCGAGGUGGAGAAGGAGCACACGACCCUCCCCCUUGGCUCGGUGUCAGAACAGAAACGCCUCCUUCCUUCGGCAAACAUCGACGUUCCUCAGAGGUAGGCUUUCUCUUUUUGUUUUGCAAGCGUUCCGAGCUACUUUUCGGAUAUCUAGGAACGGAUGAGGUCAGAUUGCAUCCUCAAAUGGAACUAACCACGGCACAUAACGUGUUCUGAACGUAUUGAACAAAUGUUCCUAUCUUCCGCUCCCCUCAACGUGUAUUUUUUCCCCACCCGGAAUGGGAACGCCCACCUUUCAUACUCUGGAGUGUCGACCCAUUUGUAGAUCACGACUUAUCAGUUCGAGUGUCUACUCGAGUAAAUACACCAUUGUACUUAUCAACUGCUGAAAUGUAAAAAUCACUUGACUCUCCAGUUUUAUAAAUUUUGUCACGGUGUACUUUGGUCUUGCCUUGUAUCACUAUUAAGGUUCCAAUGGCAUUUAUUGUGGUCAGACAUUAGUAUAACAUUGAUCUGUCACUUUUUUAAUUCAUUAUUUGGAUCUUCUGGUUGUAAGGGUACUUCAGUCAAUCAUGAUCUGUCACCAGCAUUUUAUGUUAGCUACAAUUACUGUGACUGCACUGCCAGUAUUUCGAAUAGUCAUUGCCACCAACUUGAAUGCUGAAGAUAUUGAUAUAUGAGAUGAAGCAGUUGACCUGUGCAGAUGAAGGUGGCUACCAGAAAAAUAGUGAUGAUGCUGAAGACACACUUAUGGUUACUUGGUUCAGUGAAGCAAUUACUUUAAUUUCUUUGAGCUAAAGCAAUAGCAUCUACAAAAGUGCGGUGGUUGGAAAGCCCAGUGAUUAGUCAUUCAAAUUUUUUUAAAAGAAGAUAGUGAAAACUCAUUUUAUAAUAGCAGAGAGGACUGGUUAUGUGGCUGUUUAAAUUAUUUUGGUUGUAGAAGCAGCUUGUUCUACUUAAGAAUUCCAAUUGUGGUAAGUGAUUUGAAUGCAAUUGUCUUUUAAAUUAGCAAUAUUUAUGAUUUAUAUUUUACAAUUGCAAGUAAACAAAAGAAUUUUAUGUUAAAUUUGGUAAAGUCUGGCUAAUUAAUAGGUCUUAUGUCCUGUGCACCUAAUAUUCUGCUAUACUUCAAAUCUUGUUCAUUAUUCAAAGUAAACUCAUGCACUUCACAAUCCAAAUACAGUUGACGAAGAAUAUUCUUUUUUCUCUUCCACACUGAGAUUUGAAGAAACUUCAAGACCUUCACUACUUUAGAAGAGAGUGAAGACAUAUAUCUGGGUUUAGAGAUCAUCAGAAUGCCUAAAGAAAAGAGGUUGGUGCCCAGGCCUUAAUACUGUUGGGGAUUUACAUCUGGCACAGGAUUCACCAUCUGGCCAACUCCUGCUGGUGUCAUCCAAAUUGGAGAUGCAGCUAAAAAUGCAAAAAAAGUACUUCUGCAUAACCAUUGGAUUCUGGCUGUUCAUGCCAUCCCACCAUAAUUGCACUAGAGCAUCCAUUGGUCAGGUAUGUCAAGCUAGUCAAAAAGUUGACAGCCAAGUGAUAAGAGAAUAGACAUGCAGUUUGGCAGAAUAAGCUGACUGUGUAGCUAAGCUUAUCACAGUGGUCAGGGACAUCAUCAUCAUUCCUUAUAACUCUGUGCAAUUGCCAGUCAAAGCUUUCAUUUUACUGCUAACUGCCAGUCAGUAGAAAUAGUGGAAUUAGUUCCAAUCAAAUUCCACAAACACUCAGUGCUUUUAUAUUGUAUUUAAAGGUUUCAAGUGUUUCUGCAAUAUCAUCCAGUCACCUUCAGAAUUCACUUUUUAAGGAAAGAAAACCAGUGGUUUCUGGAUUUUUUUUUCUUCUUCUGCAUUGCUAAUCUUGCUAUUUCACAAGGAAAAAGAGUUGAAGUUUUAAGAAAUAUUUCUCUUCAGUUAGUCUUAAAGUUGGCUUAGAAUAUUUCUCUUCAGGAAUUUUGUUUGUAGGUGUAGUAUCUGAAUUAUAUACCGGAACUUAAAACCUAACACAUCUUUCGUCUCGGCAUGUUAUUACCAAAGCCAUGCUCUAGGCGGAGGACGAAUAGAGCAACACCACGGGAGAUCAAUUGUAUGUUGAAUUAAAUAAAAUCCAAAACAAUUUAAGGAAGUUCUUAAGUUUGUAGCAUAUAUGUAUGUGUAAUAUUGAUGUAGUGUAUGGAACACCUGAAAUUUUACUAAAUUUUGCUUUGAAAAAACAAGAAGGAUUCAUAUUUACCUUUUGAAACCUCCAUAUUCUUGACUAAGUUCCAUCGUUUCAUACUAUUCUUAUCAUCUAUUGAAUGUCUAAUGUUUUCUGGUUCCUAUUUUAAUGAUUUAUUUAAUUUGUCAGUGCACCUUAGCUUUGAGUUUAUCAUUUGAAACAUUUUCUCUGGAGAAAUGUUGCAACUGAAGUCUUCAUGUGUCCAUUUAGGGUGCUUCAUUAAUACAUUGUAAUAUAGGUAGUCUUGUUGCACCUGAGACAAAUAACAUGUAAAAGAAGGGAAAACAUUGAUCAGUAGUGUGUGAGCGUUUUGUUUAACUUUUGAAGUUUUCUUAUGUGUAUUUCUGUGUUAUAUGCCUUAUUAACUUAAAAUUGCACAUAACUUGGAUUUUAAUUCUGCUUUUAAGCAUGAGCUUCCAGUAUUGCAAAAUCAUUGAUAUAACUCAAAUUAUACCUAGCCCCAAUAAAUCUUUAAACUGCCACUCAAAACUAGAUAAUUUCUUCGCAACAUUAAAACGUACACUGAAUACAGGAAUGAUUUGGAGAUGCCGGUGUUGGACUGGGGUGUACAA